UUAGAGAGAAAGUAUAGAAUUUGAUCGAAAUAGUACUCUUUCGUAAUCUUCUAUAAACAAGUUUGUAUGUUAAAGACUUUAGAAAUGAAUAAACAGCAUAAUUUAAAUUAUGAAGAUCGACUAAAGUUUCUUAUUGCUAUUAUGACUGAAAAUUAUGAAAAUGCUAUGAAAAUUGGCACAACAGUUUUAAAACAGAACCCAAAUGAUCUAAGGGUAUCAAAAAUUUUAUCUGCUGUUAAAGAUAAAAUCGCAGUAAACAGUCUGGCAGAGUCUGUCGCCAGUGAUUCGGAUGAAGAUAUUAUUUCCAAUGAAGUAAAUAUGCAAAUAAAUAUCGACACGAACGAUCUUGAUUUUGAUAUGAACGAUGAAAAGAAGAAUUCAAUUGAUACAAAGCAGAAUUAUCAGAAAUUAAAAUCGGUACCAUCAUCAUCGCAAAAUUUGUCUGAUUGUAUUAAAAAAUAUCUUCUAUCUCGUAUCGGUAUGGAAAAGAAAUCAGAAAGUUUUGUAUUUCAAGAAAAAAUGUAUCGAGUAAUACCUAUGAAAAUAAAUAGAAAUUAA